UUUAUCUCACCUUUUUUUUAUAUAUCCAUCUUAUUCAAGGCCAUGCGAUUUAUAUGUUUUCUGAAAAUAUAACCAGUUCCUCUCCUUCAUCAUGUCAUGAUACUCGACAUAUCAAAAAAGGGUUCCAACAACUCCCAGCAGAACUCUUGGUACGUAUUUUCAUUCUUGCCCAGAAUCCCGAACUUCGCCUGGUGAUGAAGACAAUGUAUGGUAUUUCAAAAUCAACACUUGUACGAGCGCAAUUCCUUAUUGAACGGUUUGGUCGAUCGGCUGCUCUUGGUGAACGCGGUAUGAAAAGUUUCCGAAUGGCAUCGACAGUGUCAGUGGUUGAUCAUUUACUCAAGUUUCGGUGCGAUCCUCGAUCCGAUGGUGAUUAUCUUGUAUGGCAGGCAUGUGAGCAAAACAAUGUACCUCUGUUUAUUUUGGUGGUAGAUGCUAUUCGACCAGACUCGGCGACAUUGGAUCGAUAUCUGAAUAGGGUAGCAAUGAUGUCAGAAGGAAUGCGUAUGGUGGAUAUUCUUGUCAAACGGUAUGGUGCGUCAAUACAUCAUGGCGAUGAUACUAUGAUGAUGCUAGCAUGUGCUCAUCAUAAUAUCAACAUGGUUCAACAUUUGAUUUCUCGGUAUGGCUGUGACCCGCAUUUCCAACGUGAACGUUAUCUUCGUCGUGCUUGUCUUUCUGGUUCUGAAGCUCUGGUGACUCUUUUAUUACCUGGUGCGGAUAUCCAUUGUUUCAACGAUGCUGCUCUACAAAACGCUGCUUUUAAACAACACUCUACCAUUGUCGAUCUCUUACUCAAGGCCGGUGCUGAUCCUCAUGCCAAUCGAAACGCAAGUCUUCUAUGUGCUGUCCAAAACAAUGAUCUUACCACCAUCCAACUCUUACUCGCCGCUGGUGCCGAUCCUCGUUGUCGACAAGAUGAACCUUUACGUCUGGCUUGUCGUCAUGGAGAUGUAACGACUGUGGAUUGUUUGAUUCAUGCCACCGAUAGGGUACAAGAUAUGGUCAAUUGUGGAAAUGGAAUGCCUUUAUAUGAAGCUUUGGUAGCUGGUCAUGCAACGGUGACGAUGUCCUUAUUAUCCAAAGGUGCUGAUGCAAAUUCUCCUCUUGCCUUGCAUGGUCUGCAACAAGCAAUACUACUCAAUCAUCUUACAUGCGUCCAAAUCAUGGCCAAUGCUGGUGCCAUGCCUGUUGAUCCUUCCUCUUUAUUCGACAAACCAAGAUUAUCCGAUUCUAUGCGCUCCUUGAUUCAAUCCUAUUUUAUGUAACAUAUUUGUUUGUAUUAUGAAGUCUAUUUGAAAUAAAUCAUAUUGUUUUUUUUUUUU